AUGGAUACGGGUAUAACUACUUUGAGACCGACCAAGACUGUGGGUCUUGAAUAUCGUCGAGGCGCAUGGGACGGGUCCUUGGACAGAGACUUGUACAAGCGUUCACAGUCCGCAUCUGGAUCACAGUCUUCGUCGUCAGCAGAAGCCACUUCUGCAGGAUCUGGAUGUGUAACAUGUACCGGAACCCCGGCGUGUCCAGUGUGCGCUGACGACGAACAAUGCGCCCUUUCCCUUCUGCGUUGCGACCAGUGUCCUCAGACGUACUGUGCCAAGAAAAGCGGGUCUUUGGUGUCCAGUUCCGGGUCUUCGAGUGCGGCCAGCGCGACAAGCUCCUCAUCUUCGUCCAAAUCUCAAAACAAUUCUGGCAAGAUCGGUGGUAUCGUUGGUGGUGUAGUCGGUGGUAUAGCCGUUAUCGUAGUGCUGUUGCUGAUAUAUUUGUACUCCAAAUACUGGCGUAAAAAUAGAGCUCGAAACAAGGACGUUUUGGUGGCACACGAAGAAUUUGGUGAAGAUUACGGUGACGAAGACAAUGGACCAUCCGGCAUGGAUGGAUCUGGUGCUGGCGGCUUCCCCGAUAGCAACCGAGACUCAAGAGGUCUCUACCAAGCGAGAAACAGGAGCUCGGCUGCUACACAGAUGACUAAAGCUUCUAAUAUCUUACCCAUCGCAUAUAUUCCUGGUGUUACUGCAGGAAGUCGAAGCAAAAACAAACUACCGUCUUUGCCUCGACAUUUGCUACGUAAUGGUGAUACCAGGUCACAUAUUACAUUGGGAUCUUCGAUUCUGGGAGGAGUCGACGACGACAACGACUUGGACUUGGAACCUCCUGCAAGCGCUAAUACUUCGAUUCCAGGCGAGGAGUCUAUUUACUCCGAGAAGAACAAUGGGAACGGAUCGCAAGAUGCAUUGACUACAGCCAUUCGGGCACGGCCAAAACUUGUACAGAUUAGUGAAGAAGACGACGAAGAGGAAGAAAAACAUGAUAGUCAGGACGGCGAAACUGAAAAACGGAACCACAGCGGCGCCGAACAGGUUUUUGAGCAUGAUGAUGAAAAAGAGACGUGGGUGGCUUCUGCAGUGAUGCCAUCAAGUGGCGAAAGCUCACGUCAAGACGAAAGUCACGAUCAUGAGGAGGAUAUGCAUUCAGACGACGAUGGAAGUUUCAUUUUUGACGUUGGAAUGGAAGAAAGCAUACGCAAUGUAUAG